AUGGAUAAAGAGUUGACACCUUUGGACUGCCUGCUGCCCUCUGGCACACUCAAGAUCUGUCUGAUCAUUCUCAACCAGCCUCUGGAUGAGAGCUACUUGCACAUCCUGUGGAGUAAAGCUCUCUUGAGGGCAUGUGCUGAUGGAGCUGCCAAUCACCUUUAUAACAUCACCGCUGGAGAACGUGGCAGCUUCCUCCCCGACUAUAUCAGUGGGGAUUUUGAUUCCAUUUCUGCCAAGGUCAAAGCUUUCUAUGCGGACAAGGGGUGCAAGCUGAUAGAGACAGCCGACCAGGAUCUAACAGACUUCACCAAGUGUCUGGCAAUCAUGCUGGAGGAGAUUCAGACAAGACGGUUACAGGUGGAUGCUAUAGUGACCCUGGGCGGUCUGGCGGGCAGAUUUGACCAGACCAUGGCAUCUGUCGAGACGCUCCACCACGCUCUGUCCAUGACACAGCUGCCUGUGUUGAUCAUACAGGGAACGAGCCUGGCAUAUCUACUCCGACCUGGCAGCCACCGACUUGGAGUGAACACAGGUCUGGAGGGGGACUGGUGCAGCCUCAUCCCAGUGGGAGGGCCGUGCCAAACAAUCACCACUGGACUCAAAUGGAACCUGAAUAACGAGGUCCUGCAGUUUGGGAAGCUGGUGAGCACAUCCAACACCUACGAGCCCGUCGCCCCUGGAAACCAGAGGAAGCCGGUCACUGUGACCACAGACCAGCCUCUACUGUGGAGCAUGGGCAUCCAGACAAAUAUAAAAUAG